AUGUUCAGUCGUUUCGACUUGACUGGCAAAGUGUUUGUUGUCACAGGCGGCUCCCAAGGGCUGGGUCUUUCGAUGGCGGAGGGGCUCGUAGAAGCUGGCGGGACUGUCCACUGUCUCGAUAUACAGCCUGAACCGUCCGAUAAUUUCAAGACUGCAAAGGAACGCAUAAAUCCGGAUUUCGGCGGCGGCCUAGAGUACCAUCAAGUCGAUGUCAGCGAUGCAGAGGGCCUGGAGACUGUCGUAGGGAGGAUAGCGGACCAGAAACAGCGCUUGGAUGGCCUGAUCGCCGCGGCGGCAAUCCAACACAUCUCUCCUGCUCUGGAAUACUCGACCGACGACAUUAGAAAGAUGCUGGACGUGAACUACAUCGGUGUGUUCCUCUCAGCACGGACGUGUGCUCGGCAGAUGCACAAAUAUAAGAUCCCUGGGUCAAUAUGCUUGAUUGCCUCUAUGAGCGGCCUCAUCGCCAACCGGGGCCUCAUUGCGCCUGUCUACAACUCUUCGAAAGCCGCAGUGAUACAACUGGCGCGUAAUCUGGCCAUGGAGUGGGGCAGGAAGCAACCUGACGGGACCGGCGGAAUAAGGGUGAAUGCUCUCAGUCCCGGGCAUAUCCUGACACCGAUGGUGGAGGAGAACUUUAGGAAGGGCGAGGCGGAUCCGAAAGAGUGGGAGGAUAAUAAUAUGCUGGGAAGGAUAAGCAGACCGGAGGAGUUCAAGGGGGCCGGAGUCUUCCUCCUCAGCAAUGCGAGCAGCUAUAUGACUGGCCAGAAUCUUGUCGUGGAUGGCGGUACCUCUGCAUGGUAG